AUGGACGUUCAGGGAAUUGAAUGGUUGGCCCUGCACUGUAGCGCGCCACCGCAGGACUUCGACCUCCUCGCCAGGCCGCUGUCCCUCCGCGGCGCCGCUGGCUCGGCGGACGAGCUGCCCGCGGGCGCCGGCGCGGUGGACAUGCCAGGACGGGAUUCCGAGCGGUCGAGCGUGCUGGACAAGCGCCAGUGUUCGGCGGAUUCUGAGGACAGCAUGUCGCACGGUGGCGAGAGCUUCCACAAGAAGGUCAUGUGGAGGAUCUCCUCGAAGCUGUUCGCGGUCUCUGGCUCCACCACCCCGAUGGCUAGCUGGGACGACUUCGUGGGCAGCACCCAUUUCGAGGUCGCCAUUGGUAUCGCUAUUAUACUGAAUGGCAUCCAGAUGGCGUUCGAGAUCCAGCACCAGGGUCUUAAGCUGGGCAGCUCUCUCAACUACGGGUUCUACCAUAAUCCUGACCCGUGGCCUGGGGCCACGUAUCUAUUUGAGGGUCUUGGUUUUUUCUUCGGUGUCAUAUUCACUAUCGAAAUGACUCUCAAAAUCAUGGUAUUGCGUUUGAGGUUUUUCUGCAAUGCGUGGAAUUUGUUCGACAUGGUAGUGGUUGCCGGCUGGCUCGUCGAGACCCUCGGCGAGACGCUCCAAUACACUGGCCGAGGUAUAUGGGGGCAGAGCGAUGGAGGCAGUCAGACCACAGAGGUGCGAGUGGUUCGUCAGAUUCGCAGCUUCGAUGCGUUGUUCCUCAUGACGACCGCCAUUCAGAGCAGCGCCACGGUCUUAUUCUGGGCCUGCGCGCUGCUGUUCAUGCUCCAGGUGCUGAACGCGCUUCUCCUCAAUCAGCUCCUGCACAUGUUGUAUUUCGGAGACGACAGCUACAAGGAGGAAGCGAGACGGGAGGUCCAGGACAGGGAGUACGAGGCAGGAGGCGUUGAGGUAGGCCAAGGAGGGCUGUGGUGGACCGUGUGA